AUGGCGUCGGAUCCUAGCGACGGUAGAUAUGCUCCAGAGAUUAUAAAACACUAUUAUCCAUCACGUAGAGAGAGAAAGUCACGAAAAUUACGUCAAAAUGUAAAGUUUAUAAUUAAUCCGUCACAUAAAUUUAAGGCAAAUGUAAGAGAGGAAGAUAUUUCUACAAGCGAAGACCCCGUCCAAUCUUUUGAUCAAACUAGCACGCUGUCAUCUCCAAUAAAAGUCAAUAAUCCGAUUGAUAGUUCCUUACAGAUAGAUAGUCCCGAAUCGCUCACUAAGUUACGUAGGCAGGUGAUUAAUAGUACGGAGAACCUAAUUUCCAAAAAUGAAGAACCUCUUGCAGCAGUCAAGAUUCCCGAAAUAAGUAACACUGCUCCCAUGCCGUUAAACAGUCUGAAAGAUUAUCAUAUCAAGCCCAUUUCACUUGUUGAAUUGUGUCUCCGCAUGAUAAAUUCUGUAGAAGAAAUAAGUAUUUUAAAAAAACGUACACUUAAAGCUACUAAAGAACAUACAACCUUUCAAACAAAGGGUAACUCAAAAGCUGUUGGUAAUUCUCCUUCAGUAGAUAAUUUUUAUGAAGAGAUGGGUUGUUAUAUAGCAGCAGAAGAAGUAGUAUUGUUGAAAGAUUUUUUAAAGGAGCCUUCACUUAACACUCUGAUACGCCAGGAUAAUAUACAACAAUGUCCAUCAAUGUCGCCAACAAGUACUUUAAAUUUUGAUUUGCUCCCCGUAAUUGAUUCUCCUCAAAAUCUUUAUGAGCCUUUAGAUAUUAUUUCGUCAUGUUCCGAAGAUCCGAUGCUGGGUCAUAUUUCGCCUUGUUCUGGUAUCGGUGACUACUCGCCUGAUAAUGAAGACUCUGACUAUCGAUCCAACGAGUUAUUGAGACAAUCAUCUUCUGAAUCAGAAGACAUUAAUAUGACUGAUGGAAAAAGACGCCGAUCUAAAAGAGGAAAGGCAAAUAAAGAAAGUUGGAUUAGUGAAGCGAAUAAGUACAAACGUAUGAAAGGAGACACUUAUGCAGGAAGAAGAAAAACUGAAGAAGGGAAAGUGAUUUUCGAUGUUCCCAGAAGGAAACGUUCUGUGGAACUUAGGUGUUGUCAUACAGAAAAUAGUAAAUAUUUUCAGUGUCAUAAAGUGACUGAUGAAAACAGGCAGUCAAAUUUUAAU